GCUCUAGCCAUAGAGUUGUACCAUUGAUCUAUCGAUACUCGAUUGGUCUGGUCUGUGUGUGAUGACGGCAUAGCAUACAUUGGAUCCAUGCAAAGAAUGAGCAGCUAACCCGAACUAGAUUAGUCUUCCAACAUCGUGGGAAUUUCUACAUUCAAACUCCAAAAUACAGUUUAAAACUGAUCUCAGAACAACGUUAUCGAAGGAACAUCAAGCGAAAGUCACGAGGUCAUCUAACUGAACUAUAUCAGUCUUGACAUUGACUUCAUUGCUGCUGUUGUCAUCGUGAGCAGGACAAUAUGAGUGGAGAGAGGGAAACGUUGAUGGAUGAAAUGGAACAGAGUUUAUACACUUUAACCAACGACAAUUUACGCUGCCUGUGUGAACGCAGUGGAAUAGGUGGCAAGGAUGGCUCUGAUGUUCAAGGAAAGAAUCUCCAUCACUCAUUGUGCCGUAAAAUCCUGGAGGAACUUUGGGAAAAUGCAGAUUCAAUGGAAUCGGAGGAGCAGGGAAUGUCUUGGUUACUCCAACUGAAAGAGGACAUCAGGAAGAUACAGGAGGAGGGUAUCGGUGCACCUUUGAGUCCCAGCCAAUCCAUUGAUGACGACGCUGUAGACUGUGAUGAAGACGAGAACCAGAAGGACAUGGAUUUGUUGCCUAGCAAAGGGCUGGAGGCAGAACCAGCACCAGAGAGACACACACCAGAGCAGAGAGAGAAGAGAGUGAGUGGGGCCCCCUCUCUGUCCUCUCCUGGUAAUGCCUUACUGCUGGGUCUGAAGAGAGUGAGUGGGUCCCCCUCUCUGUCCUCUCCUGGUAAUGCCUUACUGCUGGGUCUGAAGAGAGUGUCUGUGCGGCUGGUCGACUGCAGGAAAACACCAGGGUUUAGAGGAACUGCUGGAGGAGGAGACGAGGAGGAGGAAGGAGACGAGGAGGAGGAAGGAGGCGAGGAGGAGGAAGGAGACGAGGAGGAGGAAGGAGACUUGAUUCAUCAAAGAGAGAGACGUGGCAACCAUGGAUCUUCUGGGGAGCCUCAACAACAACCUCAUGCUGACAACACAGACUGGAGUCUCCCCACAUCAAAACACCUCAAUAAACAACCGCAGAGACAUACAGGGAAGAAACCACACCACUGCUGCUCUGAGUGUGGGAAGACUUUCGGCUGUCCAGCGACACUCAAAAUGCACAGAAGAAUCCAUACGAGAGAGAAACCUUACCGCUGCUCACAGUGUGGGGAUACUUUCAGUCAAAAAAUGACUCUUAAGAUUCACCAGCAGAUGCACACUGGGAAGAAACCUCACCACUGCUCUGACUGCGGAAAGAGUUUCAGUGUUUUAUCAAGCUUGAAAAUCCAUCAAAGCACCCACACCGAAAAUAAACUAUUCCAAUGCUCCAAGUGUGGGAAAGGUUUUGCAAACAACCACUAUCGAAAAAUACAUGAGAAAACUGUACAUGAGCCUCCCACAGAAAGGUCUUACCACUGCUCUGACUGCGGGAAGAGCUACAGUUUUUUAUCAACCUUCAAAAACCAUCAAAGAAAACACACAGGAGAGAAACCAUUCCAAUGCUCCAAGUGCAAGAAAAGUUUCGCUCAGAAAUCCACUCUGAAAGCCCACGAGCAAACACACAUGCCUGCUGCAGAAAGGCCUUACCAAUGCCUAUUCUGUGAGAAGAAGUUUUGUAUUUCGGCGUCCUUUAAUUUCCAUAUGAGAAUGCAUACUGAAGAAAAACCAUUCCAAUGUUCCGUCUGCGGAAUGCGGUUCAUUCACGCCAGUUUACUGAAAGCACACAAACACAAACACAAGCCCUCUGACGAAAGGCCCUUCCACUGCUCUAAAUGUGGAGCGUGUUUUACUACAAAAGGUAAUCUUAAAUUUCACCAGCUGACCCAUGACCGGGGAGAGAGAACUUAUCGCUGCUCUGAGUGUGGGCAUUGUUUCUCUCAUCCGAUUUAUCUGAAGAAACACCAGAAAAGGCACAGUAAAGAGAUGUCCAUUGUCUGCGACCUGUGCGGGAAGACCUUCAACCAUCCAAGCAACUUUAAAACGCACAUGAAGAUACACCAAGGAGUGAAACCGUACCACUGCUCCGACUGUGGCAGGAGCUUCAUAUUCCGCCAAGGUUUAACAACCCACCAGCGUGUGCACACCGGUGAGCUGCCUUACGUCUGUGAUCAAUGUGGAAAGAGAUUUUCUCAGUACAAUUCUUUGGUGAUUCACCAGCGAACCCACACCGGGGAGAAACCUUACCCAUGCUUUGUCUGUGGGAAGAGCUUCAGUCGGUCACAAAACCUGGCUGCACACAAGAGAACUCAUACUGGAGAGAAGCCUCACGCCUGUGAUCAGUGCGGGAAGAGGUUUUCCCGAACCGACGCACUGGCUGUACACAAGCGCACUCACACUGGAGAGAAGCCUUACAGCUGUGAUAUAUGCAGGGAGACAUUCACCUAUUUAGUAGCCAUGUUGAAACAUAAGAAAAGACAUUGACAUCCUGCAGGUGAUGUACUCUGUGCUGAAUGUCCUCAGGACGAUUCCAGUUCUGUCUAUGAAUAGAGAAUAACUUUGUUUAACCUACAGAAGACAUCAAUUUGUUGUUUUGCUUAUAAUCUAACCCCCAGAGAGAGAGAGACACAAACACUCACACACGCAGACAAACCCAGAGGGCGGCAGGUAUCCUAGCGGUUAAGUGCGUUUGACCGGUAACAGAAAGAUCGCUGGUUUGAAUCCCUGAGUCGGCAAAGGUUAGGAAAAAAAUCUGCUGUUCUGCCCUUGAGCUAGCCAGUUAGUACCCAACAACAACUGCUCCCUGGGCACAUAUGACGUGGAUUAAGGCAGCCCGCCGCACCUCUGUGAUUCAGAGGGUUUAGAUGCGGAAGGUUGAAGGCAUUUAGUGGUGCAACUGGCUAGUUAUCCCUCAUUUCCUUUCCACCCAGAGGAAUUGGGAGCACAGAGUGGUUUUUGAGAGUGGUUACUGUGAGUUUUGAGAGUGGUUACUGUGGUUUUUGAGAGUGGUUACUACGGUUUUUGAGAGUGGUUACUACGGUUUUUGAGAGUGGUUACUGUGGUUUUUGAGAGUGGUUACUGUGGUUUUUGAGAGUUGUUACUACGGUUUUUGAGAGUUGUUACUACGGUUUUUGAGAGUGGUUACUACGUUUUUUGAGAGUGGUUACUACGGUUUUUGAGAGUGGUUAUGUUUCCUCCGCAUUGGACUGAAUCACAAAACAAGGAUUUGUCGCUUUAAAUUGUCUGAAAUCACAGUGUUGUGUUUUAUACAUACACACCUGACAGGUGUAGGAUCAGGUUCUCCUCCCCAAAUCCUAUUAUUAAGCAUUAUUGGUGAAAAUGCUACAAGAUCAGCAUCUAGGGGCAACUUCACCCUACACUCACCUCUUCCCUGGGGGCUGUCCCAGAUGGCAGAUUCAUUGAGGUACUGUCCUAAAUAUUCUGAAGUAUCAUUUUUUGGGGGGACAAAUUUAGACUUGAAAUUGGCAUGGUGUCAUUAACUUGAAACCAGCAACACAUAUUCAUGUUUAGCUUUCAAAAUAAACCCCUGAUUUAAGAGCUCGAAUGGUUUAAGUUAAGGAUCCUGGUCUCUGGAACAUCCCACUGCUCCCAGUCACAAUAAAGCAGGAGUCAAUUCCACCGUGCCAAUUUCAAGUCCUUAUAUUCCUUUACCAAUAUGGUUAAGUUAUUUCAGAAUAUUAAGGACUAAAUAUGUUUCCAUGGUAACUUAAAUCUUCAUGCAGGUCUCAUGUGAGCAUUUGAGAUAAAUUCCUUUUAUUGCGAGACAUACAUCUUUAUCAAUGAAACUAACCAGGAAUAAAUGUGAAGUUUUAAAGGCGUAAUUAAAUGAAAAGACAUGUCUUAUCUGAAAUGUGUUUUUAUAGGUCACAAGUGAAAGGAUGUUAUAGGUAACCUGUGUAGCCUCGGUCUAGGGUAUGUUAAAGCCCUAGGCUACAGUCAGUUCUAUAUGUUGUUAUAUACAUUGUUUAUGGAAGUAGAGAACAGUAGUAGUACAUAUACAGGUAUAAUAGAGGAAGCACCAACAUGAGGCUUUGCGGCCACCAGAACCUCUUCACUGCUCCUUGGUACAGAUUCUACAAAUGUCUGGAAUUCUAUUGGAGGGACGCGACACCGUUCUUCCACGAGAAAUGACAUAAUUUGUGUUUUGUUGAUGUUUGUGGGAAAACGCUCUCUCAGGCGCCACUCCAGAAUCUCCCAUAAGUGUUCAAUUCGGUUGUGAUCUGAUGACUGACACACACACUUUAACCCCCCCCGUGCCCUCUAUCAAAGUCAGAGAUCUCUUGUAGCCAAAAUAAUGUUCAUUUUUAUAUGAUGUUAAUUAACUCAGAAAAGCACACCUGCUUUCUAUAUACCUACUUGCCAAAUGUGGUGUUUCCUUCUCUUUUGGCAGUUCCCUGUAUAUAUCAGAGAACAUGCACACAUAUGUAUGCAUUGCACCACACAUGCAUGUACACGCAACUACACACACGAACAUGCAUGUCUGCACAUACACACAUACAUGCAGACACAAUUAAAGAAUGAAAUCACGUGGCAAAAGACAGCUCAUAAUUACUGAUAACAAUUCUGUGAUGAACAAGCUUUUAUUUGUAUUUUACAUUGUUUAAACAUACUUAGUAUUACAUUGUUAAUUAGCAUUGUGUACAUUGUGACUGAAAUCAUUUCAAAUACUUUAUCUGGGCUUGAUUGAGUUUGACUGGCGUGAACUCCGGACUGACAUUGUGUAUAUGUAUACAUUUCAGCAGGCUUACAUUAAAUAAGACGAGGACUGUAAGUGAUUUAUGGAUGUGUAAGUACCUAGUGGGCCCCCUUCACCCCUAAAUCAUUACAAAAUUCACGUGU